UUUUAAUGGUGUGUGUUUGACCUGUAAUCAUCACUUCCGCUCGCCGAAGAAGCCAAAUAGGGAAGGAGCAGGCGUGACUGUCCUGGGCAGAGAUGUCGGCAUGGUUAUAAUAUGAAUUGGAACGGAGUAGGGACCUGGGCCUGAUACAGAAAUAGGAUGGGUGAAGAGGCACAUUUCUACGGCAAUGCCGAGGUGUACUGGCGGGACGUUCCCCCCACAGUGGACGGCAUGCUGGGAGGCUACGGAAGCAUCUCCAACAUCGACCUUAAUGGAUCGAAGGCCUUCCUGAAGAAAUUAAUUGGUGAAGGCGAGGGCAAGACGGGGACGAUGUGCGCGCUGGACUGCGGCGCGGGCAUCGGCCGCAUCACCAAGCGCCUCCUGCUGCCCCUCUUCCAGACCGUGGACCUGGUGGACGUCACGCAGGAGUUCCUGGACCAGGCCAGGACCUACCUGGGCGAGGAGAGCAAGCGGGUGGGCCACUACUUCUGCACGGGCCUGCAGGACUUUGUGCCCGAGCCGGGCCGCUACGACGUCAUCUGGAUCCAGUGGGUGAUCGGUCACCUGACGGACGAGCACCUGGUGAAGUUCCUGGAGCGCUGCCAGGGCGCCCUGCGGCCCGGCGGCAUCGUGGUCAUCAAGGACAACGUGGCCUACGAGGGCGUGGUCCCCGACGACGUGGACAGCAGCGUGUGCCGGGACCUGCAGAUCGUGCGCAGCCUUGUGGCCAAGGCGGGCCUGCGCAUCGUCCACCAGGAGCAGCAGAUGGACUUUCCCAAGGAGAUCUACCAAGUGCACACACUGGCCCUCAGAUAGGGGAGGGGGGACGCGAAUGUUGUUUCUGAUUCCGUGCCAACUUUAUUUUAUAUGUGGAAAGUCAAGAGUUCAUGCAACACACCGCUCCUUGGUUUCAGUUCGAUGGUUUGACGUUCCUUUUUAGUUUUGGUUCGAAUGAGACGGCGUCAAUACACCCAUGUCAGUUUUUUAUUAGUCAUUUUUGAUGAGCUGCUGCAAUAAGUGCGUGACUUUGUCGCAAAUUUAUUAUGAAGAAUAACCUGCUGAACCAAAAUUGGACCUUUACCAGCUUGGCAUUGUAUAAUGAGGUGUUCCUGGUGGUGAAAAUCCCAAAGUGUGUCAAGAGCAAGUGGGGUUCAUGCAGACUGAACCUUGUGUGAUCCUGCAACAAGCAGUUUUAGACUAAAUAGAAUACCAAGGGUACACUUGUUGAUUUGAAUGUUGCUUUUUUAUUUGUAGGUUUUGGGUCUGCAUUCAGGGGGAUAAUGUUCCUAAAACCUUGAGUUAAAAUACAAUGAAACAUCUUAUCUAUUUCACAGCAAUACACAUUUGAAAGAGCAAACAUUGCAAAUAAUUUAAUUAUAUAAGGCUUGUUGUACAGAGAUUUUGUAUCUGGUCAAUUUGUAUGCAAGUGUUCAUGUGUCCGUAAUGUGCUUCCUCAGAUUUGGAUAUUAAAUUCCUAGAAAAUAA